AUCUCAAGAAUUUCUAUAAAAAAAAUUGAUGAUAUAGGGUUUUUGAUCAACUGAUUUGAGUUGGGUGUAAUGGAUUUUGGGACAUAAUAAGCCCAAGCCCACAUUUGAUUAGGGUUUUUUUUUUCUUUCUAUAUUUCUCACACGGUUCAUCUACCCCAAAACACUCCGACACACUUGACAGUUUACAUGUUGAGGAAAGUAAGUGUUUUAGCAAUUUAAAAAGUGAGUUUUUCUGGGUUGUAUUGUUUAUGGAAGCCUAUUUCAUCCAGUGAUCUUUUGAAGAGAAAGGGAAAAGAUAUGGUCAGAUUGGUAUUGUUUUGUCGCAGAGCUUUGUUGGAGUCGUCUUCUCAUGGAGGCAUGUACUGGAGAUCUAGUGGGGUUGGAAGGCAGACAGGCCUACGAUUUUCUUCAAUUGGGUAUCUCAUCAAUAGCUAGAGAUUAUUAUGUAAAUGAACCUGGUGCUAUAGUUUCUCAAUCUUCCAGAGAUCAAUUACAUCCUUUAGGAUCUCUCUCGUCUCUUUCCUCUUCUCCUUGCCUCACAGCUUCUCCGCCGUGAGCCGCGACCUCUCCGCCGCAAUUUGUAGCUUCGUUGCUUUGCAGGUUUAUUUAAUUGAGAUUGAUUCAGUACAGAGUUUAGUAGGUUGUCUUUAUUGGCUAGGGUAAGAAAAUGGGAGAGAAGAAAGGGCAUAAAAGUGAGAAGCACGAGCAGAAAACAUUUGGGCAGGAAAAGGAUGAGAAGGAAUUUCAGAAAGGUAAGGAGGAUAAUAAUAAGAAAGCUGAUAAAGUUGUGGAAACUUUAAAAACAACUUGCUUAGAAGGCGGAGACAAUACAAAUAUAAAAGCAAAUGAACGAAAGGAAAUAAAAGAGAAGAAAAAACACAAGGAGGAGAAGAAAAAGAAAGAGGGAAUUGAUGGCAUAUCAUCUUUGGGUGAGAAUUGUGAGGAUGACAAAAUUGAUGGGCGUGGACUCAACAAAAAUUUCCAAGACACUUCUGCAGUGAGUAGCAAGGUACAGCAGGUUGAAAAGAAAAAGAAGAAGAAGAAAAAGGAAGGAGUUGAUGGAAUAUCCUCAUUGGGCGAGAAUGUUGAGGAUGAGUUAGUCAAGGUGCAAGAAUGCAACAAGAAUCGUCAAGACAUAGCUGAAGUGAAUGGCGAGAUGGAACGAUCUGAAAAGAAAAAGAAGAAGAGAGACAGAGCUGAUGGAAUAUCCUCUUUGGGUGAAAAUGUUGAGAAUUGUGAAGUGGAUGAGUUAGUUAAAGGGAAAGGAUACAACAAGAGUUGCCAAGACACCUCUGUAGUGGAUAUGAAGGCAGAACAUGCUGAAAAGAAAAAGAAAAGAAAAAGGGAAAUGGAUGACGGUGACAAUGUGGUAAAAAACAUUAAGACAGAUGUACAAAACCUCUCAAAAAAGAAAAGGAAGAGGGACAAUGUGUCUGAUUCCAUGGAGGAAGCUAUUGCUGACAAUCUGGGUACUGAAGAUAAAAUGCAUGAUGUUUUUCAUGCUAGUGAGGAUGGGAAGAGGGGCAAGUCAACCAAAUGUGGUCAAGGAGAUUGUAAAGAAGAUGAUUUCAGGAAAGACAAGAAGAAGAAGAAAGUGGAGGCAGAAAAACAAGUUUCAGAUGAAAGAGGUCACAAGCGAAAGCCAAGAACAAAUAAAGAUAGUGAGACUGCUGAGACAUCUGAAAAUCCUACACCACAAGUAAAAUCUAAGAGAGUUACUUUUUCUGAUCAUGUGGAGGUUUAUUCACCAUCUGAUAGUCCAAGUAUACAGAGUAAGCAAGCAGGAGGCCUAGUACAAGGUAAGCGGUUUACACCAGAAGAAGAUGAGAUGGUCAAAGCGGCAGUUUUGGGAUACAUAGCAGAGCGUGACUUAGGUGAUGAAGGUUUAGACAUGGUUCUCAAUUGCAAAUCACAUCCUGAAGUUAAAAAUUGCUGGAAGACAAUAGCCUUAGCUCUACCUUGGAGACCACGUUACAGUGUGUAUUAUCGAGCCCACAUGAUUUUUGAAAGGAGUGAGAUUCACAAAUGGACUCCCGAAGAGUACGAGUAUGUUUUAAAUUUUCACAAAGAACAUGGAGCAGAUUGGAAGAAGCUGUCUAAACAUUUAAAGAAACAUAGAUUACAUGUCAAAGAUACAUUUCGUAGAAUUAAAUUCACCGGAGUGAACAAAGGGCGUUGGAGCCAAGAUGAGUAUGCAAAACUAUUUGAUUUAGUCAACAUGGACCUACGUUUGAGGGCAUCUGAAGAAAAGAAAGUUAAGCAUGGUAUGUUGCGGGAUAAUAUUUGUUGGGAAGCAAUUAGCCAGAAGUUGUCCACCAGACACAAUGUCGGAUGCUGCUCAAAAUGGUACAAACAAUUAACAUCACCAAUGGUAGUUGAAGGGUUAUGGGAUGACACCGAUGACUACCGCCUGCUUGAUACUCUUAGCGACUUGGAUGCUGCCUGCAUAGAAGAUGUGGACUGGGAUAAUUUGCUUGAGCAUAGGACAGGGGAUAUAUGUCGAAAGCGAUGGAGUCAAAUGGUGAAACAUAUCGGUGACCAUGUGAACAAGCCAUUCUCUGAACAAGUUGAAGUUCUAUCAAAGCGAUAUUCUGUUGAUGUCCUUGCUGCAAGGGAGGAAUAUGAUAGCAAAGAACCCGUUGACUGUUAAUUGAGGUUUUUGUGAACAGUUUUGAUGUAUCAGCUUGCUGAUGCAGCUGUAUUUUUCUUUUCUUUUCUUGCUGUAGCUGGGUUAGGAGGAGGUGAAGCAACAGUUGACAUGAGUCGUAAUUUUGCAGAAGCUGAUGAGAUCCCCCUCUUCCUCACCAAAGUUGAGCCAUUAUGCACCUCUUCCUCCAUGGUAGAUUGCAUCCUUGUUUUCGUCUGUUUUUUAAUGUUUAUCUUAUUAAUAUAGAAAUAAAUUUACAAUAUAUAUAUAUAUAUAUAAAUAUAAUGAUGAAUUUUACGGUUUUAUUCA